AGCACAUUUAACUGUUGACUCCAAGUGGUGUCGAAUACCUAUUAGGACCAGACCUAAUACCCGACCAUGAAAACGUACACGUGGGUCGUAUUAAUUUUUGUACCAUUAAUCGCAUGUGAUAUCGAAGAGCCAGUAAAUGACCUGCAGGAGGCCAAAAUAGUGAUAGACGAUCACUAUCGUUACAUAGUAAUUGGUAGCGAUCAGGUGGCACAGACCGUGGGUCUUCUGCUAGCCAGUAGGGAUCACUCCAAACCUGUGUUGGUGAUUCAAUCGAACCAAUGUGAAAAAAUUCUAGAGCCAAGUGGUACUCUGGGUCCGCUGGAACAACAAAUAUCCGACAAAUUUGUCGAGUGCACGCAAAGACUGGGUUAUAAGUUUAUCGAUCCAGGACAUGUCGCACAACGAGUAGGUCUCAUAUCACACAACAGAACUCGUGAAAACUCAGGACAAGAAACGUUACUUGCGGUGGAGCCAAACUUGAAGCUGCUGGCGGGAGUUAAGGUUUUACGAAUACUGUACAACAAUGCUGCAGCCGCUGUCCUGGGAGUGGAAAUUGAAUUGAACAACUCAAGUGUGUACGUUUUUGUGGAGGACGAACUGAUUAUCGCAGGUCGUUGCUUGAAUGAUUACAAACAUGUGCCUCUCGCUUCGAUAAUGGUUGAAGGAUUGUUAAUGGAUGUCUUGAUGAAAACACAAUUAAAUAUGGCUUUGAGUAGCCCAGUGGUCGCACCCAUUUUGUACACUAAAGCAAGAGCGACGCUAAGUCAGAAUCCAACCAUACUACCCACUGAAUUGUUCUUGCGAAGUCCCGAAUGUGAGGAGGAUGAACGGGAGCCGGAUGCAAGUCUACGAAUAAUUAUGGGCGUUGCCAAUUUAGAGGAUCAUGUUUGGUUGGGGUUCAUACCUUCGUAUUAUACGAACGAUCCCUCUGUUGCUCCGAGUAAUGAAGAGGGUGCAAAAAUUAUAGCCUAUGUGUUGAAAAUAGCGGCAGCUGUGGCCAAUUGCGAAGCGUUCAGUCAGCUACAAUUGACACCGAUGGACCAGCGCAUCAAGGAGUGUACAAAGUUCGCCGGCACGGAUCAGUUCUGGACUUGCUACGUGAACAACAAAAUCAAUCGAUUUGACAAGAAAGUAGCAGCUAGCAGGCGAAACGUAACGGUUCUGGACGAAAAUUUCCGAGUUAGGGGUGUAAAGGCUCUUCGUUUGCUACCAUUUGGGUUAACUGUGCCAUUUUUGAAUCAGCAUCUGCAGACAUUAUUCUCGGACCCUGAGAAGCCUGACAAUGUGACAGAAAAAGUAAAACCUUCCACUAAGAAACCGAUGACCAGGAAGACUACGGGGAAGAUUGGUCCCCUGCAGCAGUUCAUAAAUGUCCUUAGGGGUAUUGACAGGGAAACUCCAAAACGAAAAAUUCUGUAAUUCUCAUUAGAUGUCAGAUGUUCAGAUCAGAUGUUAUGGAUUGCAAGACAAGGAAAAAUCAAUUUUAACUUCUAUUUUUUCCUCAAAUUAUUAUUUCAGCGUAGUU